UCCGUCGUCCGCCGUCCGUCGUCCGCUUUUUAUCCGUCCGCCUUUUAUCUACACCCCGUGCGUUCACUGCACUUAGAAUUACUUACUCAUUGACCUUUUGGCUAAGCACUUUGAACUCGCCUUUUUAUUAUAAACAUGUUUUCACGAGCUUCAUCGGGCCUUGAACGCCCUUCAAUCUUCAUGGCCUUGUUUGAGGGGUGAUUACCGCCAUAAUUCAACUAACCUGCGAGCUAUGCAAUUAAAGUAUUAAGCAAGACAUAUGUGUAUUGCUUUAUAUAAGUGCAAUUUAAAUAAUCAGUCAAAUCUUGGUCAAAUUUAAUUAGUGGAAUCACGUACCAAACCGGACAUUCACUUCCCUGUGAUAUUGGAUACCGAGUUGAAUAAGUUACUGAAUCUUCAAGUACUACGUUGGGGGUUAGUUUGUCAAAAACAUCGCUCAGGAGACCAGUCAAAACGCGUGAACCAGGCUUUCAUUUUCAAUUCUAAGACACAGGAGUCAAGACUCAAACUAGUUGGCUACUAAAAAAGCUUUCUACAAAGUCCUCGAAGAUAUGGAAUCUAACGACAGAGCUAUUUUGAAGGCAAGCUUCCGCAAGGACGAAUUUUCUUUCAUAAUGGAAGUUGACAAAGUCGAGUUAUCCUUAUCAGACCAAUGUCUGUAUUACUGUAUGAAAUGCAUCGAACAAAGUACUGACAACAUACUUGGAUAUCGUAUUGACUUUGACUUCAAAGCUAGUCGAGUUGUGGGAGAUAUUUACGUUGAUAGGGCGAUGAAAAUAUGCAACGUCUGUAAAUUAUUUCAAAUUAUGAACCCAGGCCUAUUCGACCAUCUACAAGACAAAUUACAAGAUAGUUUACGGACGAAAAGCUCCGUGUGCAAUGCCCUUAGCAGUAUGCAGGCUUUCAUGUUUCAGGACAGCAUUUCAUGGGCUAAAAUCAUUGCGUUGUUUGCUUUUACUGGCGCGCUGGUUGUCGAGUGCAUUUUACGAGGAAAUUGCGAUUAUGUGGUGAAUAUAAUGUACUCUGUGAAACAAUUCAUGGAGAACGAGCUGGUUGCGUGGAUUACCAAAAACAAUGGAUGGGUAAGGCUCCCGUUUACAUGAGAUCGGAACGAAGUCAAACAAGGACCAUUUCAUUUCGGCCAUAGUAUUAUUUAUAAUAGAUGUUUACAUUAGACGGGAACGAAGUCAAACCGGGACCAUUUCGUUUCGGUGAUAGUAUUAUUUAUAUAGAGAAUAAUACAUGCAUGCCAUGGGUGCGCGGAAAUACCAGAUUUAUUUCGAGUGUUGAACAUGAUAGGUGGGACGAGAUUAUCCUUCGAAAUACUUUUGUUCCAAUUAAACAAACAGCAGCUUGUAUUAAGACUUCGUUAGAGUCUGUUUAGCCUUUAGGGCUAUUAAUGCUUAUUGUUUGUUUAAUUUUCUAACUAUGCCGUUCAACACUAUAUAGGUCAAAACUUCGUAUGGAUAAUUUUAUCUCACCUAGCCAGGCUGGCUCGUUUCUGAUAUGAACACGAACUGAAUUUUAUGUGCGUUAUAACAAAAGGCAAGCUGGGCUCAUAUGAACAGGCCCUUAUAGGCGUGUAUCGGUGUGCGAUAGUUGGUUUUCCAAUGGCGAAAAAUGCCCCUUCUUUUUGAAGGCUUUUAGUAUUACAGGAUGCAAAAAUAUGCAAUGAUCGCUUCUGUUUUGCUCCGAUGUUAAAAUCUUAUGUGCAUUGCCAUUGUACUGUUAUUAAAUCGAGGUGACCGAUUGAUCUCAGUUCGUGAUAAGCUUGACAUCCUGAUGUAAAACUGGACCAAAUUCAUCAAACGAGACUGAGAAUUGUCUAGCGACGUUUUGCAUGGUAGGUUCCAGUCCCUGCUCUCAUGCUUCGGUCAAUUGGUCAAAGCACAACAAGAGUUAAUGCACGAGAAAUUGACCAGUUUAAUUUAGCCCGUAUCCAAAACUCAAUCGAGUGUAUAUUAUAUAGUUAUGCAUACAUUAAAAAGUCUAAAGUAGACUCAUUGACAUCCGUACAGCAUUGGACGCAUAAAAAAGUCAACAAGGAUUUUCUUGGCAUCUGAGUAUCUGACUCGAUUGAACCACAUGCAGUGAUUGAACUAAUGUCGAAAGCCCAUUUUCCACUAAUAGGCGAAUUUGUUCGCGCGAAGCGAAAAACAAACCUUGGGCCUUGGCAAUGUGAUUGGUCAGCGAAAAAAUUCGCCACGAAAGUUGGACCAGUUCCUACUUUUUUACAAAUUCGCCUAGUGGAAAAUGGGCUGAAGGGUUCUGUUGAUUCUGUACCUAUGGUAGACCGAACCAGCUGCGAAAAAGUACAGUAUAGACCAGGGCACUUGGUAUAGACCCUCUGGCAAGACCGCGAUCUUUACGCUCCAGGGGGGGGGCAAUGGGGGCAUGUGCCCCCCCCCCACACUUUUUUUAAAAGUCAAAAUAGUGCCCUUUUUUCUGGUACCCUCUUAUUUCUUGAAUAAACGCCCUCUUUUUGUGGAACGAAAGUGCCCUUUAAUUUUCGCAGUAGUAAAGACUCUGUAAAGGCCAUUUCCGACGUUAGAGACUCCAUAUUUUCAAAAAAUUUCGUUCAGCUCGUGAACGUCAUAAAAUCGUUUGAUUUUGGUCAUAUACAAAAGUGCCCCUUUUGUUCAAUGCCCCUCCACUUUCGAAAUGCUUCCGCGGCCUCUGCUACGCUCUCACAACUCCCAUCUGCAUAGUUUGACAAAAAUCUUACUUUCUAGGCUGGUAUGUUACAACAAUUUGAAUCCCUUGACGUGAACAGACCACAAGAUGAAAGUGGCGGCUUACUUCGUAACAUUAAAACAUUUUUCCGACAAAAUAUUCUCGACGCAACACAACGUAUGGUAUACUCACUACAAGACGCCAAAUUUCUUCAAAACCUCUGAUCAAUGGUUUUGAAGAGAACCUGGAAAGACGUCCAAAGAACACUUAAGGCGGUUUUCCAGUCCUCGCACGAAGCUCCUCGCAGCUCGCUGCGAGUGCUUGCAUCUAAUUGCAGUUAACUGCAGUUUAGCAGCAUUGUGAUUGGAUGAAAGUGCUCAUGCAUCACUCGCUGCGAGGAGCUUCGUGCGAGGACUGGAAAUCCGCCUUUAGCCUUUUUAAACUGAAGUGGUUAUUUUCUCUGGUGGAAUAGGAUGUGAAACACGAGGAAAUAGAGGUCACCAAGAUGACGUGAUCUUAUAAUUUGAUUGAAAAAAUGCAUAAAGACGAACAUUACAUUAGCUGAAAUUGACAAUAGACGAGCUCCUUUGGAAAGGAAAUUUUACACUUUUAUCUGUUAAACUUAAUAUUCAUAUGUUUUAUAAGUCACCAAGUAAUGUGAUCAAUACGGCGCUUUUAUAAGAUACGUUUGAAUUAUGACGGGUUUAUCACUUGAACACGCGGUUGCAUUUGAUUACUAGUAAAUGGAUAUAUAGCACACAUUCCGAGUGAAGAGCCUUCCAGAGGUCUUUCUAUGUUGAUGUACUGUACGUUAUUUUGAAUUUCUGUGUUUUACUCACUGGUUGCCAAUGAACAAUACUCAAUAGUUUUAUAUAUUUAAAAGCUCGCCAAAGUGAGGUCUUGACAAAAACUCACCAAAGUGUGAUUAGCUUGUAUAUGUAAAAAAGAAUAAAAACUCAACUGAAUUUGUGUGCCUCCUUUUUAUUUUAUCUAAAUAAGUCGUCACCGUACAGCCUCGAUCUGAUAACCCCC